AUGACCCGUGAACCCCCAGACCAUGGCUUAACAAGCGACAUCACUAAAGAAACUGAAUCUCCACCCAAUGCUUCUACACAUCUAGAUCCGUCAGCAGAGAGGAAUAGCACAGCCGAUGUACAGGAUAACACGCUGUGCUCUCGUUGCAAACGCAAUGCUGCCCAGACGCCCGAUGACGAGUCCGAUACGAAUGAAUGCUCAUCAUCUUUGGAACAUUCGUCGCAACAGCUAGGUGACAGGACAGAUCAAGAUACUGGGUCAGAAGUUCAAAGUGCACGAUCUAUGACCGGUUCAGGGUCUUAUUCAGAUGGCUCUGAUGUCUACCUUGAACGUGAACCGCACUGGAGCGAAAUUGUUGGACCUGGACGUCUCUCACCUAGAGUUGAAGGCAAAUUCCUCGAACUCAUCAAGAAGAAGAUGCUAUUUCUGUGGGGUGUCGGCACAGAAGACGUUCCAAAUAUAUCUAUAGACACUCAUGGUCUCAAGACACUACGCUUCAAGGCGGACAAUCAUGCAGUCAUAAGCCUGGCGUGGGACGAGCACUCCCGAACGCAGACAUACCGCAAAGAAGUUUCCAGGGCACAAUCGAGUAUCUGCCAGGCCUGGCCUCAAGACCGCAAUGUCUUUGGAGUGAAGCAAUAUGUACUCGCCAGCAACGGAAGAGAUCAGGCAACAAUGAUCUCUUUGAGGUAUUUCGAGCAGUCGUACAUGGAUGAAGUUGUUGCAUCCAAAAGUUCUAGCGUUUUGCAUGCUGGAUAUGAGGAUAUUUGGCAUCGCUGGUGUUUUGAAGCUGAUGAAGUUCUUGCCAUUGAGGAAUCCAAAAUACCCAUUCGAGGGAAAAUAGUUUAUUGUACAUCUAGUAGUCAGUCCAAGGGUUUCAGACACAUCCCUUUGACUGCUUUUGCUGUUGCCGUGAGCGAUAAUGAACCUUUCAGUGUAGCAGAUCAAGAAAGACACAACUUUAAUCUAAGCUUGUCUUAUUUCUCUGCAAACUUUCGCGGUGGAUGCGUCAUAAGCCCUUGGCCCGCGUCUAUAGCGAGUAUCCAUUGGCAAGUUCGCUACUUUGAGCCCAGCAGCGGACCAACCCAGCACGACGCUGAAAUCAACACUUGUGUCUUGAGCGAGAGGCAAAAUGCUACUAUUCGACAAGGGCCAACAGAGAUUCAUGUGCAAGAAAACCGAGCGCAGAUAGUCUUUCGAGUCUUGUCCAGAAACGACAAUCUGUUCCAUAUCAUGGUUUUGAGUGAUAAUACUUUAACCUCGAGCCAUAUAAAUUCGCCAGCUGGAACACAAUACCAUUUGCGCCGCUAUGGACUCAAGAUAGAGAGGAGGAUCAUUCCCUUCACCCAUUAUCUACUCGAGAUUUGCAAAGCGUUUGAUCGAUCUGUGCAAGGCUGGGUGAAAACUCUUGAUAGUAUAGACGAUCUUGUUCAUGUCAAUCUGAGUGAUUUUGAUGACCGAGAACGCAUCGAGGACCUGAUGUUCGACAAGUCUUUCAACCGGUCACGAGACUAUUUUGUCGCUCUCCAGCUUCUGAGAAUCAUGGAUGAAUGGAUAAAUGAAGCGGUUUCCAGCAUUCAACAUUUAAGAGACAAAUCGUACAUUAAUGAAAAGGCCGGUACGGUACAGAGGCGCCUUCGAAAAAAGAAAGAGGAGAUUAACAGUCUCCGCGAUGGCUUGUUCAACGCAACGUCUCUUCGCGAGUCCACUAAAGCAAUGGCGUUGAACCAAGCCAUUUAUGUGUUCACCGUUGUCACCGUUCUCUUUACACCAGCUUAUAAGAUGAAGACUGACAGAGCAGACGUUUUGGGCAUUGCCGUUCUUGAACAACCCAAGACAAGGAAGUGA